GUGCGUGUGUGUAUGUGUGUGUGCGUGUGUGUGUGUGUUUGUGUGUGUGUGUGUGCGUGCGGGUGUGUGUGUGCUGGACGGUGGAACGGGAUGUCGGGAGAGGGUUUGGCUGGUUGUUGGCAGAGGUUCGAGGGUCCUAUACUAGGGGGUCGGUUGGGAACAAAGAGCACAGCUAAUUGCUGCUGAUAGCAGUAAGGAUUCGAAACAGUCGACACGAAAACGGCAGAAUGCAGGCGUGCGGAAUUCACGGCAGAGGCGGGACGAAAAUGAGGGAGGGGAACCAGGGGUAUCGCUCGGUGGGGCUGAGGAUCAGCAACCCUUAGUAUCGCGGCGACUGGUUGACCAAACACAGAGUCCGAGCCGGCGUACGGCAUUGGCGUGCAUUCGGUUGGCAUGCUGUUAGCCCGUCGGGGGCGUAUUACUUAUUCGCCAAGCCUAGACACCCUGUGUGGUGGACUUACCAUCGUAUGGCUCAAUAAAUACGGCACGCAUAACUGGCAUACCGUAAGUACUGGCCUUGGAUACGCGGACUGUCUCGGCGCUAUGGCUGGCUGGAUGGGGGUAGGGUUGAACGGCUGUGUAACAGGAAAUUGGGAAUACGCGGAGACAACUCCGGCCACAGCUGAAUGGUCGGUUGAACGGUGAACCUCAAGAGUUAAAACAUGUUACUCAACUAACUCAACGGCUG